GCACUAAACCAAAUUCGAGUUCUUACUGGCUUAAAUUCAUCUACGAAAUGGAAUAAUAUGUUCUGCAAAGACUUUAAUGAUUUAGAUUUAAUUAUGUGAUAUUAUUAAGAUUUGCAUGGCCUUCUAUCAUUUCCAUUGCCGAAUUUUAGCAUUGAUAAAAAAACCCCCAUAAAAACAAAUUUAUGUUUCAUGAAAUUCAUUAUAGGAGAUAGACAAGGAAAGGAAUAGUUGUUUAAUAACAUCCGAGCACAUUUUAAACAAAGGCUAUCUGGUGUCUAGCAAGUGGUUAUUUCGACACUGAAAAAAGCAGCAAUGGAUGUGCUUAAGUCGAGACAGGAUUGACAUACAUCUGCCAAUACUAUGGCAGAAUUUGAUUCAUCAGAUGAAGAAAGUGGCGAGAUUGAUCAAACGCCAUUUGAAAUCUCAUGGUUAGAUCUGUCUGGAGUUGGGUCAGAUGAGAAACUUGGAAUAUCUGCAUUGCCUGGUUGUAAGUUCAAAGAUACCUGGCGAAGUAUACAGAAUGAUUUGAAACGUUUGCAAGAUUGUGGAAUCAAGGAUGUCUUUACACUUUGCACAAGAGGAGAGAUGAACAAAUACCGAGUUCCCAACUUACUCAAUGAAUUCUCAGCUUAUGACAUUACAGUACAUCACUAUCCAUUCCCAGAUGGCCAGGUGCCCCCCAUUGACAGCCUGGUCAAGAUGGUGGAGGAGUUGCGCAUUAAUGUCAUGAACGGCAAAAAAUCUGUGGUUCACUGUUAUGGAGGAUUAGGCAGAUCAUGUAUAGUGGCCGUGUGUUUGUUGAUGAUGAUGGAUGAAUCAUUAACAGCCAACGAUGCUAUAGAAAAAGUGAGGGAUCUCCGGGGACACAGUGCCGUCCAGUCAGUGAAGCAAUAUAACUUUGUUCAAGAUUUCCGACAGUUGCUGGCUGAAUACAAGAAGGAUGAGGACAAUGAAUGCAGAUCUUUGUCUCGAUGAAUGAAAUAAUAACAGCUGUUUAAGAGACAAAUCUGAGUAACCUUUGACAGCACUGGUAGACUGUUAGCUCACUGAGCUGUUUCACUGACGAAUACUUUAAAAUAUUAACAAUACAGUUCAAAUGUCCAGUGCUAGAACUGAAGCUCAUAUGGGUGGAACAUGCAUGUCUUAAAAUGUGGGUUAAAAAUGUACAUAAAUAUAGUUUCAAAUAUGUUUUAACUCUAGGUACAGUGAAACUCCUCUAAACCGGACACCCUCGGUACCAAGUAAAAAAUCUGGUUUUAGAAGGUAUCCGGUUUAGAGAGGUUCUCUUCUGCACAAAUAUUUAAAAAGGAACCAUGAAAAAUGUCUGGUUUUGAGGGAAUUCUGGUUUACAGAGGGUCCGGUUUUGAGAGGUUUCACUAUACUAACAUUUUGAUAUUUAUGUUUUAUUGAUGCUUUUAGAAAGUGAAUUUCAUGUGGAAGGCAUGCGUUUUUCUCUCUAGAAAAGUCUGAUGGACAAAUAGAGCAACCUGUUAAUGUUAUGUGUAUUUUAAUAAUGUGAAUCUAAAAUUCAGUAUCAUUCUGUGGACUAGUCUGUUCAGUGCCGUGGUUAUCUGUCACCUCAAACUACUAGUUGAUUCAAGAUUAUGGUAAUUUUGUGCUGUUGUCACAAUGUUUUGUUAUUAUUUCUUGGUCUAUGGUUAGAGAUCAUGCUUGUUUUGGACAAUGGCAAAUUUGUUUUAAAAAAUGGAGCCAAAUUCAGUUUGCCUUGGUCAAGCAAAACUUAACACAAAGUAAAGGCUGAAAAAACAAACAAAUUGGUUCAUAUUAUGUUAUGAAAUAUAUUCACCAAUUUGAGGUUUAAUUCAUAUUUUGAUAUUGACAGGUUAAACUUGAAUUACUCUACUUAGUGUGAGGGGAUAAAAGUUUGUUGCUCAAAUAAGAUGGACAAAUCCUUAUAAUCAAUUGUUUUUAAUUUUCUUUUUGACUUCAUAUUUUCCUACAGAUUGUGGGAAUGGGGCACUCCUAACCUAACUAUAGAAUUCUUUGUUUGUUUCUACUCUCAAGAUAUGAAGAAGCAACAGUGUUGAACUAGAAUGAUAAGAAUGUUUUUUUUAAUACAUUUAGUCCCACUGCGAGGUUACAUAGGUUACAAAACAAUCUGAGAGCCCAGGUAGCAAGUCAUGUAAAACUAUUUCUUCAUGGAAUCCUUUAGUCAUUUGAUAACUAAUAGAUCAGUGAUUAUGAUUAAUGGCUUCUGGUCCAUGUAAUUGAUUUUCAUGUUGUUUUGUAAUAAUUGUAUUCUUCACUAGCAUUUUUGUUAGAGAGUGUGUCACAGUUCAUUCAUUUCAUGAGCUUAAAAGGUUGGGAAAUGAAAAUCAAUGAACAUUUAUUAGUGCAUUUAUUUAGUUAGGCGUCAAACAAAUUGUGUUUCCUGGAACCUGACUCUACCUACAAAAAUGGGCUGACUCUAAUUAUAUAUAUAUUUCAAUAUAUAUUUUAUAUUAUUAAUAGGUGAAAAUAGUAUUUUUUUUCAGCAUGUUCCUAAAAAUACACAAAACCUUUUUUAGGCCCUACUAGAAACCAAUAAUUUCAUGGGGAUUCUUUUUAAUCAGUUACCAAUACUGAAUUUAAUAAUAAUCUCUUUGUAAUUCAGAUUAUUAAAUCACUUUUAAAUACA